GGGCAGAGGAGGAAGGGAGUGGUUGGGAGCCGGGCUGCGGCAGCCUCAGGUCUCCUCGGCGGCGGCAGCGCCCCCUCCUCCCGCGCCUCAGCCGCCUGCGUCCGUCAGGAAAGAUGCCCUCAGCCCAGGGCUGUGAAGAAGGGACCCGAGUCGUUGCCCGAACCGCGGCUGCCUCCCGCGUCCUCUGAAUUCGUCAGCGCAGCCCCUCGCCGAGGGGCGGCGGCGGCGGCCGCGGGGCGCGAGCGGGAGCCCGGGCGCUGCGCCCGGCGGCACGGCGCGGCCCGCCAGCGGCCUCCGGCAGGCAUGGAGCGGGCUCGCUCGGCCAAGUAGCCGCCGCCCCCGGAGCCCGGCGCGAGAGCCGCCCGCAGCCCGCCUCAUCCCGGCCGCGCCGCCGGCCAGGCCCUGGGAGAAGCCAGGAAGAAGAUGACGCGUCCUCGCCGCAGUCCGCUGGAAGCAGGACUCGCUGCAGAGCCCUAGGAAGAAAGAGCUCGGAGCCGAGGCUCGGCGUGCUCCGAGCCGAGCCGGGAGAGCCGCUCCGGGAGCUGCCCUCCCUUUGCCGCGGAGGACUCGCCCAGGAGCUAUCGGAGUGGAGGUUGGGAGCAUUUGCAGCAGAUUUUUGGCUUUCCCUCCCCCUCCAUACAUUCCCCCCCUCCUUUUUCAAUUUUUCUUCUUCCCGGGAAGUGAAUUGCUGAUGCCAAGGGGACUUUAUUCAUUAAUGAUGCAACUGGAUUCGUUUCAGGAUUAUGUUGCACGAAUUGAAUUUUGAAUGAAGGAGGUUUUUUUUUUCUUUUUGAAAGAAGUGUUGAUUCUUUAGUUCGUUGUACUUUUAAUUAUUAUUUUAUUUAAAUAUACAAUUUAAUUGUAUUAUUCUCUUAAAAAUAUUAAAUCUAUAUUUUAUGGAAACUUACCCUCAAAAUAUAUAUGUUUAUGGGUGAAAUUGAAGACGCUUCCGUUAAGUGAGGUGACUGGUGUAUUGGAUGUUUAAUUCAGCACCGGCAUUGCAUGACAGUUGUUGAAAUAACAAGUGGUUUAUUUUUAAAAACCACAUCUUUAAAAUUUUAGGUUCAGAUAGUAACAGUAGACAUCGUAAGGGCAUUUAAAAGAAAACCAGCAGAAAUCGAAGCAAACAUGUCUGGAGAAGUGCGUUUGAGGCAGUUGGAACAGUUUAUUUUAGAUGGGCCAGCUCAGACCAAUGGGCAGUGCUUCAGUGUGGAGACGUUACUGGACAUACUCAUCUGUCUUUAUGAUGAAUGCAAUAAUUCUCCAUUGAGAAGAGAGAAGAACAUUCUUGAAUAUCUAGAAUGGGCUAAACCAUUCACUUCUAAAGUGAAGCAAAUGCGCUUACAUAGAGAAGACUUCGAAAUAUUAAAGGUGAUUGGUCGAGGAGCUUUUGGUGAGGUUGCUGUAGUUAAACUGAAAAAUGCAGAUAAAGUAUUUGCCAUGAAAAUUCUGAACAAGUGGGAAAUGCUGAAAAGAGCUGAGACAGCGUGCUUUCGUGAAGAGAGGGAUGUGUUGGUAAAUGGAGACAGUAAGUGGAUAACCACUCUGCACUAUGCUUUUCAGGAUGACAAUAACUUAUACCUGGUUAUGGAUUAUUAUGUUGGUGGGGAUUUACUUACUCUGCUCAGCAAAUUUGAAGAUCGAUUGCCAGAAGAGAUGGCUCGGUUUUACUUGGCUGAGAUGGUGAUAGCCAUUGACUCAGUUCACCAGCUCCACUAUGUUCACAGAGACAUCAAACCUGACAAUAUAUUGAUGGAUAUGAAUGGACAUAUUCGUUUAGCAGAUUUUGGUUCUUGUCUGAAGCUGAUGGAAGAUGGAACGGUCCAGUCCUCAGUGGCAGUUGGAACUCCAGACUACAUUUCCCCGGAAAUCCUUCAGGCUAUGGAGGACGGGAAAGGCAGAUAUGGACCAGAGUGUGACUGGUGGUCCUUGGGAGUCUGCAUGUAUGAGAUGCUUUACGGAGAAACACCAUUCUAUGCGGAAUCUCUGGUGGAGACAUAUGGAAAAAUUAUGAAUCAUAAAGAGAGGUUUCAGUUUCCAACCCAAGUGACUGAUGUGUCUGAAAAUGCUAAAGAUCUUAUUCGAAGACUCAUUUGUAGCAGAGAACAUCGACUUGGCCAGAAUGGAAUAGAAGACUUUAAGAAACAUCCGUUUUUCAGUGGAAUUGAUUGGGAUAACAUCCGAAACUGUGAAGCACCUUACAUUCCAGAAGUUAGUAGUCCAACAGACACGUCAAAUUUCGAUGUGGAUGACGACUGUUUAAAAAACUCUGAAACAAUGCCCCCACCAACACAUACUGCAUUUUCUGGCCAUCAUCUACCAUUUGUUGGGUUUACAUAUACUAGUAGCUGUGUUCUUUCUGAUCGGAGCUGUUUAAGAGUCACAGCAGGUCCCACCUCACUGGAUCUUGACGUCAAUGUCCAGAGGACUCUAGAUAAUAACUUAGCAACUGAAGCUUAUGAAAGAAGAAUUAAACGGCUAGAACAGGAAAAGCUUGAACUUACUAGAAAACUUCAAGAGUCAACACAGACUGUUCAAGCCCUGCAGUAUUCAACUGUUGAUGGUCCACUAACGGCAAGCAAAGAUUUAGAAAUUAAAAGUCUGAAAGAAGAGAUUGAAAAACUAAGAAAACAAGUAGCAGAAGUGAAUCAUUUGGAACAACAACUUGAAGAAGCUAAUUCUGUGAGACGAGAACUAGAUGAUGCUUUUAGGCAAAUCAAAGCUUUUGAAAAACAAAUCAAAACUUUGCAGCAGGAAAGAGAAGAGCUAAAUAAGGAACUAGUCCAGGCUAGUGAGCGAUUAAAAAACCAAUCCAAAGAGCUGAAAGACGCACACUGUCAGAGGAAACUGGCCAUGCAGGAGUUCAUGGAGAUCAAUGAGCGACUAACAGAAUUGCACACCCAAAAGCAGAAACUUGCUCGCCAUGUCCGAGAUAAGGAAGAAGAGGUGGACCUGGUGAUGCAAAAAGCUGAGAGCUUAAGGCAGGAGCUUCGCAGAGCAGAAAGAGCCAAGAAAGAGCUGGAGGUUCACACUGAAGCUCUAAUUGCUGAAGCCUCAAAGGACCGGAAGCUCCGAGAGCAGAGCGAACAUUAUUCUAAACAGCUGGAAAAUGAAUUGGAGGGACUGAAGCAAAAACAAAUUAGUUACUCACCAGGAAUAUGCAGCAUAGAACACCAGCAAGAGAUAACUAAACUGAAAACUGACUUGGAAAAGAAAAGUAUCUUUUAUGAAGAAGAAAUCUCUAAAAGAGAAGGAAUUCAUGCAAGUGAGAUUAAAAAUCUGAAGAAGGAGCUGCAUGACUCAGAAGGCCAGCAACUUGCUCUCAACAAAGAAAUUAUGGUUUUAAAAGACAAAUUGGAAAAAACCAGAAGGGAAAGUCAAAGUGAAAGGGAAGAAUUUGAAAAUGAGUUCAAGCAACAAUAUGAACGGGAAAAAGUAUUAUUAACUGAAGAGAAUAAAAAGUUAACGAGUGAACUCGAUAAGCUAACUUCGUUGUAUGAGAGCUUAAGUUUGCGCAACCAGCACUUAGAAGAAGAGGUCAAAGAUCUAGCAGAUAAGAAGGAAUCAGUUGCCCACUGGGAAGCCCAAAUCACAGAGAUAAUCCAAUGGGUGAGUGAUGAGAAGGACGCACGGGGCUAUCUUCAGGCCUUAGCUUCUAAAAUGACUGAAGAAUUAGAAGCGUUAAGGAAUUCCAGCCUGGGGACACGAGCGACAGAUAUGCCCUGGAAAAUGCGUCGUUUUGCAAAACUGGACAUGUCAGCUAGACUAGAGUUGCAAUCUGCCCUGGAUGCAGAAAUCAGAGCUAAGCAGGCCAUCCAGGAAGAGCUGAAUAAAGUCAAAGCAUCCAACAUCAUAACAGAAUGUAAACUGAAAGAUUCAGAGAAGAAGAACUUGGAACUGUUGUCCGAAAUCGAGCAGCUGAUAAAGGACACUGAAGAGCUUAGAUCUGAAAAGGGUGUAGAGCACCGAGACUCACAGCACUCUUUCUUGGCAUUUUUGAAUACGCCUACCGAUGCUCUGGAUCAAUUUGAAGAUUCCUUUUCUUCUUCCUCAUCUUCACUGAUUGAUUUUUUGGAUGACCGCUCUCCGUCCUGUACUCCAGCUGGCAAAGGCAGACGUACUGAGCCCGUUGACAACACUUACAUACGGAAUCCGAGCGUCAAGCUUUACAUCCAGCAAAGGCCCACAUCUCCUUCCACACCUAGUGAAGCUGAGCCAGUUAAGAUUGCAGACUCUGCUCCGCUUCCAGUUCACACACCAACUUUAAGGAAAAAGGGAUGCCCAGCUUCAGCUGGUUUUCCACCUAAGCGCAAGACUCAUCAGUUUUUCGUGAAGUCUUUCACUGCCCCUACCAAGUGCCAUCAGUGUACCUCCUUGAUGGUCGGUUUGAUAAGACAGGGCUGUUCCUGCGAAGUCUGUGGGUUCUCAUGUCAUAUAACUUGUGUGAACAAAGCCCCGACCACUUGCCCAGUUCCUCCUGAGCAAACUAAAGGCCCACUCGGUAUAGACCCCCAGAAGGGAGUAGGGACAGCGUAUGAGGGCCAUGUCCGGAUCCCUAAGCCGGCGGGAGUGAAGAAAGGGUGGCAGAGAGCACUGGCUGUGGUCUGUGACUUCAAACUGUUUCUUUAUGAUAUCGCGGAGGGAAAAGCAUCGCAGCCCAGCUCCGUCAUUAGUCAAGUGAUCGACAUGAGAGAUGAAGAAUUUUCCGUGAGUUCAGUCUUGGCUUCUGAUGUUAUUCAUGCAAGUCGAAAAGAUAUUCCCUGUAUAUUUAGAGUCACAGCCUCCCAGCUCUCAGCACCUAGUGACAAAUGUUCCAUCCUGAUGCUAGCCGACAGCGAGACUGAGAGGAGUAAGUGGGUGGGAGUGCUGAGUGAACUCCACAAGGUUCUGAAGAAAAACAAGUUCAGAGACCGCUCAGUGUAUGUCCCCAAAGAGGCUUACGACAGCACUCUACCCCUCAUUAAAACAACGCAGGCCGCGGCAAUCAUAGAUCAUGAGCGGGUAGCUUUGGGAAAUGAAGAAGGAUUAUUUGUUGUGCAUGUCACUAAAGAUGAGAUUAUUAGAGUUGGUGAUAAUAAGAAAAUUCAUCAGAUUGAACUCAUUCCAAGUGACCAGCUUGUUGCUGUGAUCUCAGGCCGAAAUCGCCACGUCCGACUUUUCCCUAUGUCAGCUUUGGAUGGGCGAGAGACGGAUUUUUAUAAACUGGCAGAGACUAAAGGGUGUCAAACCAUAGCUGCUGGGAAGGUGCGCCAUGGAGCUCUGUCCUGCCUGUGUGUGGCCAUGAAAAGACAGGUCCUCUGCUAUGAACUGUUCCAAAGCAAGACCAGGCACAGGAAGUUUAAGGAGAUUCAAGUCCCAUGUAAUGUCCAGUGGAUGGCCAUCUUCAGUGAACAUCUCUGUGUGGGAUUCCAGUCAGGAUUUCUCAGAUACCCCCUGAAUGGGGAAGGAAGUCCAUGCAAUAUGCUCCAUUCAAAUGACCACACACUGGCAUUCAUUACACACCAACCAAUGGAUGCUAUCUGUGCCGUUGAGAUCUCCAACAAAGAGUAUUUGCUGUGUUUUAGCAGCAUUGGGAUAUACACGGACUGCCAGGGCCGAAGAUCUAGACAGCAGGAACUGAUGUGGCCAGCAAAUCCUUCCUCCUGUUGUUACAAUGCACCAUAUCUCUCCAUUUACAGUGAAAAUGCAGUUGAUAUCUUUGAUGUAAACUCCAUGGAAUGGAUACAGACGCUUCCUCUCAAGAAGGUUCGACCUUUAAACACUGAAGGAUCAUUAAAUCUUUUAGGGUUGGAGACCAUUAGAUUAAUAUAUUUCAAAAAUAAGAUGGCAGAAGGGGAUGAACUUGUAGUUCCUGAAACAUCAGAUAAUAGCCGAAAACAGAUGGUUAGAAACAUCAACAACAAACGGCGUUACUCCUUCCGGGUCCCAGAAGAAGAGAGGAUGCAGCAGAGAAGGGAGAUGCUACGAGAUCCAGAAAUGAGAAAUAAAUUAAUUUCUAACCCAACUAAUUUUAACCACAUAGCACACAUGGGUCCUGGAGAUGGAAUACAGAUCCUAAAAGACCUGCCCAUGCCAGGUUUCCCUUAUUCACCCCCUCCUCACCACUCCGGCCUGAUCUCCUCUCCGAGCAACUUUGAGCACAUCUAUCACAUGACUGUCAAUUCUGCUGAACAGUUUCUCUCUCCUGAUUCCAUAAACCCUGGGUACCCCCCGUCCCUGCGCUCUGCCCCUGGUUCACCACACUCUGUGACUCUCAGGAACCCACGGCCUCAGGAAAGCCGGACAGUAUUCAGUGGCUCCGUCAGUAUUCCCUCCAUCACCAAGUCCCGCCCUGAGCCAGGCCGCUCCAUGAGUGCCAGCAGUGGCCUGUCUGCACGGUCAUCAGCCCAGAAUGGCAGUGCGCUAAAGAGGGAAUUCUCUGGAGGAAGCUACAACACGAAGCGACAGCCCAUGCCCUCUCCCUCAGAAGGCUCUUUGUCAUCAGGAGGCGUGGACCAAGGAAGUGACGCCCCCGUGAGGGACUAUGAUGGAGAGGACUCUGAUUCUCCAAGGCAUUCCACAGCUUCCAACAGCUCUAACCUGAGCAGCCCCCCAAGCCCCGUUUCACCCCGAAAGACCAAGAGCCUCUCCUUGGAGAGCACAGACCGUGGGAGCUGGGAUCCAUGAGCAGGACCAGUGACUCCAGGCAGGGACCCUGCCCUCCCACUCUGACAACGCGCCUGGCAGCAGCAUCACCUUCCACACUGCUGCACCGAGGAUUCCUUCACAGCCAGGCCCGCUUCACCCUUCCCCCAACCCCCAGGUAGCUUCUGUAGACAGACUGCGCAGACGCAGCGCUAAGAGUAGACCGGUUGUGUUCUCACCGUAGCCCUCACGUAGCGCCCAGCAGCCUCCAUGAGCGUCAGCUGACUGUUGCCAGGAAAUAAACCCUCAUGAAUUAAAACAAUGCAUAUUUUACUACAAUACAGAGUUUAAAUAAAUACAUAGAUGUAGACGUUAAAUACUGAAUGUAAAUAGUCAAAGAAGCAUCUCUUGUGUUCGAUGAAAGAUGGAUGCGUAUAUAAGAAAGAUCAUUUAAUUUAAAAAAAAAAAGUGUUGUUUCUUAUCUGUUUCCCAGCUAAGUCAUAAUACAGGGUAGAAAGGCCUCAAGUGACAUUUAUAAAGACAACAGAAGUCAGGUCCCGGUGGUGUCUGUCCUCAAGCCUAGGCAGGCUGAGGUCACAGGGAAGUCUAAUGUCUGGAGAUUAGUACCCUUGGUGGAUGUGACCUGGACACCACCGGUGGUGUUGAAGCCACUCCAGAGGCACACUUGCUCCCCAAGGCGUUCUUUCUCCAGUGAUGUUAGAACGUGUCCCCCACCCACAGGUGAACAGUCAAACGGUUGUCACCUUCCAGCCCGUCCCAUAGUAACAGGAAAUCCGUGGCUUCUAAGGAUCAUGGAAUGGUUCAUGCAGCUGCUUUUUUUGUGCUGGCUAAACUCUGCCCCUCUCUAGGUUGCAGUGAGGAGUCUCUGGACUAAGCACACCUUCCCUGUUUGGUUAAGAGUGGAUGAGAACACACUGCUGGCAAAGUCUCUCCUUACUAAAUCAUGUGAAACCUCAGAAGCAUAGACUUAAACAGCCUUAACCAAAUAUGCCUUCCCACAUGAGGCGACAUGAGGUGGGGCCUGGGCUGUGCUGGCCACCAUGAAUUGUGAGCCAACUUUCCCUCUGGGUAUCUGCUGCCGCUGCUGCACUUGUCCCAAGAAACAAGAGAAGACCAGGACUCCUCUACUCACACGUCUCACCAGCUAAGAACAUGGGAAGGAAAAGGCAGAAAGUGCCCCUGUGAGGGAAGAGGCCCUGCCACUCUUAAUUCUCACACCUCUGGGGCUGGAAAAGCCACUGUUUCUCCCCCACUUUAAGCCACAUCUAAAAUAGAUUUCCAAAGUUGCUAACCUACCCAGCAUGCUGACCUUUGGCACAUCAUGCUGCCAGGCCUUGUGGGUCAGACUCCCCAGUCACACAGCUUUAUGGAAGGUGUUAGAGAGUUCAGGGAGGAGAGAUGGUCACAGAAGCACUCCCACUGGGGGCUUUAUAAGCAGCAGCUUUGACAGAUACCCUAGAGCCUCCAGCUCCAACUCGAGCAGGUUUUCUUUUGGGCGGGCACUGUGUCAUUCUAAUCUGAAUGUUUAUUCUUUUGAGAAAACAUCAUAUAAAAAUGUGAACACCCAAAACAAGGGCCAGAUCUUUAGUUUGGUCAGAGCCCUAUUCUAUCUGGUUGAACUUGGCACUUUGCCUGAAAGCUGGCUCCUCUCCCCUCUGUCCGCUCCUUCUUUCUCCUUCCCUCAGCAGAAACCUGACCAGGCUGAGACAGACUGAACCGCACCCUGAGCCUUGGUUUGUAGCUGACAACCAGUUGUGAACUUUUGUUGCUUACAGGUGCUUGUUUGUGAAAGAACCCUUUAGAAUUAGUCAGAGCCUCUGCAUCCCCAAAGUCCAGCUCCUCCCCAAGGACCCCUGUGGACUGGUGGAUUUCCCACUGCAGUCAAAGAACCAGGCCUCCUAACUGCAGCCCUGCUGGCCCACAGUGUGAGGUGGAGUUCUAGUAAUGAGAAUGGUCUUACCGGACUCAUCCAGCCUUAUGUGAAGAGUGUUCCUGUCCGAAGCUGGGGGAAAGGACGGGCAAAGGUUACUAAUAGGUUUCUAGAAGACAGAAAUAAAGAUUCCUCAGAGCAGCCAAUAACAAAGAUUCCAGUCAAGGCCUUAGGCCCUUCUUCAGGUCACUCUCCCUACCCCAUGCAAGGUAUUUGAAAGUGUGUAGCAGCAGGAAUUGAUCUGGAAAUGGGGGGAAAACAUUGAUUUCUGGUACAGUGUCUGUGGGUUACUAUUUGGUGCUAUGUUGUCCAACCUGUAUGCUACUGACCCUUUGAAUCCUUGCUAAUCUGUUAGGUGAUUUUUGGGUGAGUAUAUAAAACAUAGGAUUUGGUUUUAGUUUUUGCCAAAAACAAGAGCCUUCCUAUCAAUGAUUGCUAAAGCAGAUCAUGUGUGUGUGAUUUUAGUUCGUACGCACAUUCCCUGUGCUUAGCCAUUUGUGUUCUAUCCCAGUGAGCACAGCUUUAAGACUGUGGGGGUGGGCUGGAGGGGGUAACUGCAAAUGACCCGUUUGGCUUUCCAAUGAAUUCCUAUAGCCAAGCUUAGGGAAAGCAUCUGGAAUUCCUGUCUUUCCCACCAGCCCUUCCUCAGCUACUCCUCUUUCAUGUUGGAAUCCUGACAUUUUGUUAACUUAGUGGCCACAUUUAUUUCUAGGCAAGUUUGGCUGCCUUGUGUGUGUCCUCAGGUAUCACUACAGAGAAGCCAGGGCAGAGGCGCAGCCUCCAUUCCCAGUGCAGCAGCCCACAUGCAGCCUUGGCAGUGACCACAGAUUGAGUUCUCACAGCUCAGUGCACCCUGAGUACAGGUGCACUUAACACAGCGGACACCCUGCCGCAGGUCAUACUCUGCCAUAGCCCAAGACCACUGGCCCCUUCCAGUCCCACUUGGCCUUGCUGCGUAGCAUCUCCUUGUCCCCUUGGCGUGGCUCAGACCUUGUUGGAACCUUCAGUUUCACAAGGCCAGAGUUCCUCGCAGAGCCCUGCUGCAGUGAGUCUCCUGCCAGCUCCAGCACUCGCUCCCGUCCCAGGGACAGCGUUACACAGAGCCCUACUUCAGUUUUAGACUGACUGCCAUAAGUCAGCCUCGAUGCCACUGAAAACAAAAUGACCUUCUUAUUUGAUAGUGUAACAUUUAUUUUAUAAAUGUCUAGGAUUUUUUCUCAUUGUAAUAUUAUUGUACAGUUUUGCAUGGUCUCAGCGCGAUCAUUUUUGUUCAGAAUGUUUUGCUGACCAGUGUGUGUGUGGAAGGGAAGAUACUGCUUUGGCCUCUUAGCACUCACGUGGUUUGGUUUCGUCCCUGAUGUCCUAGGGAAUUUCCUGACAGCAUCUGCUACCAAACUAUGACGUGGAUCCUUUUGCACAGAACUAUUUAAGGUGGGGUGGUCAAAAAUGUAACAAAGGAUUUCUCACCAAUAUUUUAUGUUGGUAUCACCUAAUUAACCAGACUUUGAUGUACUGCAAUAAAUAAGGAACUGUUA